AUGCAGCAGGCAAUCGCCGACGGAGACUCAUCUCCCCUGUCAUCCAUCGACGAGCGAUUUAAGCUGUCCUCGCCGCCGUCGUUGACAAAGAGCUCUUCGGGGCUGCUUCGCGAUGAGACGCUGCCUGAUCACACUGCGGCGGGCGAAGAGGAUCAAAACACACAACCCACCGUGGACAAGCAGCCACAAGAGGUCGAGGCAAGCGAAAUACCUGAAGGCCGGAAUGAUGGGUCCGGAGGAUCUUCCAAGUCACCCUCUGACCCUACACCCCCGAGCACACAUAGCGACGGUGUGAGUUCUCAGACAACACACCCGGCACCUAGACCGAAAGCACAGCAAACUACACAGCAAGCGAAAAAGCCGUCAGCGCAACGUCGACUCAAGAAACCUAGGUGGGACGCAGAGACCAUUAUCACCGACCCAAGGUCUCCGCUAGCGAAAGCUGAUCUUCGGGUAAUACUAUGCAGUCCACACGACGCUCCUGACCAAGCUAACGAGCUCCAGUCCUUGCUCUCUAAUCCCAAGGCCUGGGACUGCCUCGACGCCAUAGAAAAGGCGGAAAUAGUUGCCCUCUUUCCCGAUCAAGAAGCAGUAAUUCAUAGAGAAUCAGGAGAGGCAAGACCAGACUUUAGCGUUCUCAGGAACGAUAACACUUUUCGAUUGGACUGCGCAACCUACGUCGACAAUGUUGCUCAAGGCAGAUUCGACCCGGACUGGUUAACGUCAGCCUGGGCAGCGCACGAACGCCGCAAGAUAGGCGAUUUCGAUCAAUACUUGAUCGACAAGUUUGAGGAAGACUGGGCUACAGAGUUGCCUGACGAGUUCAAGCCAGUGAGAGCGCAACAGUCACAGCACGCGAUAACAGAGGCUGCCGCAGGAAACGGCGAUGAUACGAAUGGACACAAUGACGAUGGCAAAGACGGAGCAGAGAGUCUGAAGAGGAAAUCCCCUGGUAUUGGUGGCGACGACAGCCCCAAGAAGGCCAAAGGUCCCAACGGUGAGGCAGCGAGGCCCAACAUCGUCGACAGCACCGAGGACCAGGUCAUGUCCGAGGAACAGGAUGCGCAAUCGAGCGCAAGGAACUCCGCUGCGCCUGAGCAGGACAAUCAGAAGAAAACGAGAAGAGCGUUCAGGAACUCUCUGGCGCAACGUCAGAAUCACGGGAUGGACGUGGACGAUGAGGAUGAGCUGGCUUGA